AUGAAGCGAGCCGGACGUCCGAAGCUUUCCUUUGAUGAGUCGUCCGAUGAAGCUGAAGAAGGAGAAUCAAAGCCCAAACUGCCACGAAUUCAGCGCGGUGUUCCACAACUGCCAGAAAGCAAGCAGGUAGAAGCUGAGAAGACCGUUCCAGAAGCACAAAGCUUGGCACAGGUGGCUGCCCUCCGUGCAGCCUUGGGCCUUGGUCGAACCAAACAAGAGGAAAAGCAAUUGGACUCUGAAGACCUGGCUGCACAACCACCCAAGCUGCCUGCGAGCAUGCGAGAUAUACAAACAUUUUCAGAGUUUCUUCGAUUAAGUCCUGCCAUCCAAGAAGCCUCCAUGAAGAUGUCGGCGGACGAGUUGACAGCUCUAUGUGAAACUGCGGCACGCUUAAAGUUCUUUGAUGGUGAGCUCUUCGAAGCUGUCUUUGUGCACAUCAGGUGUCGGAUACGGUGGGGGCAGUUUGAUGUUCAUCAAGUUACCGCAGUUGCACAGCACCUCGUAGAUCUAAACGCAACAGAUCCGGAAGUCUUCCGGGAUAUGACCCAAUGGCUGCAACAUCGCGUGUCGACGAUGUCCAAGGCGCAGCGACUGCAAUGGCUGAAGCUCCUUGCAGCAGCCGGGAAUCGCAAUGACGAGGAUGAGGACUUUGAGGAAAAGCUUCGUACACAACCUUUACCGGGUGGUGUUGACGUCUCUUCGUCGGACGACUUCAUGGUUUGCUGGGACUUUGUGCGGACCGGAAGCUGCCCACGUGGUCCUAGCUGCCGCUGGAAUCAUCCUUCCUAG